AUGUCCUCCUCUGAUAUAUUCGAUGUCUUAAACAUUCAAAAUCGCCGAGCAGGUAGCCCUGGGUCCUCAGGUCUAACUCCGGUACCAAGCCGAACGCCAAAACCGCAGGUAAGCGGGAUGCAGCGAGAACUAUACAACCUGUUGGGAGAUAACACGCCACCUAUUGCAGUUCAAAAGGGGAGCAAGUUCAAAGAUAAGAUGAGAACCAUGGCGAAGCCAUCUCCUUGGAGUUUUGCUGAAUUUGAACCGCGACAAGCAGUGAAGCUGAGACAUUGGGUGAAAGGUUCAAAAGAACUGGUGGAACAACAACCUCAAGGUAGCGCCUUUGAGAAAUAUAACACCAAACUCACUAUUCCGGAAUUUACGGAGGAGGAAUACAAUUCUUUUAUGGGUGAGAAAGAUGAGACCAAAGAUGCUUUGCAAAAGUGGAAUUUUCAAGACAUCAAACAGCUAUUCGAUACUUGCAAGAAAUAUGAUAUGCGAUGGUUCAUCAUACAGGACAGGCUCAAUUUGGAAGGCGAGCACACUUUGGAGGAUCUGAAAGAGUUGUUUUACCUCGUUUGUCGCUACUAUUUUUUGGCCAAGAACCCGGAUAACCCUCUUAUAGAAUCGCUUUCUUUUUCGAGAGAGAAGGAGGUCGAGCGUAAAAAGUACUUGCAAAGGCUUCUGUCUAGAUCUGCUGCUGAGAUUGCUGAGGAAGAAGCUUUGAUUGUGGAGUCUAAAAAGUUCGAAAUGGCGGCAAAGAAGACGUCAAGUGAGAGGGAAAGUCUCUUGCGGCUUUUGGAUUCUCCGAACUCUGACAAGCCCAUUGCUCAGUUUUUGACGUCUCAAGGAAUGGCGCAGCUUUACAACGGCCUACUUUCUGACAAAACCAAGAAACGAAAACAUGAGCAAACAGUUCCGGAAAAUCCAUGGAUGAAACAACAGCAGCAGUUUGCUCAGCAAAAGCAGCAGAUGCAGCAGCUGCAGGAACAAAAGAUCGUUACCAACAAUAACAUCCCUAAUGAUCAGAACCAAAUCAAAAAGACGAAAAAGCAGAAGCAGGAAAUGCAAAUAGCCGUAAAGAGGAAAGCUGAUAGCGAGUAUGCCGAGCAGUUGCUUCAAGGGUUUACUCUCGAGGAACGAAAAUCUUUGGGUGUGCAAACUCAUGGGGAGAAACUACCUUCUGGAGUUUAUCUUAGGUCUAGUCGGAUAUCGACAUUCAAGGCGGCAACUCAGACCAAGAUUGCUGCUACACUGCAAGAACUGGAGCUUCCUAGUAGGCCGGCAAUGCCAACCUAUCAGGUUGUGCAUAACCACGAAAUUUUACUUGCCCGCAUCAACAGUAUGCUUGAUCUGAAAAGGCAGGUUGAUAAGCUGGAAGCAGAAAAGGACGUAAAGAAAUAG